UGGAGAUGGUGUUCAGGGAGAGGGGCUGGAAGUCGCAUUGACGAAUUAGAGAGGACCAAAUUCAGACGCAUUACGUCUUAUCCGUUUUUUACGACCGAACUCGCGACCGAUGUGGUCUUCGAUCUUCUCUACGAUGAUAAUUUGGGCAUUUCUUUUUAACACAGGAACACAGCAGGAUCGCUCGUCAAGAAAACCUUCUCGGCCUCAAACCUUACACACGCACUGGUCCAAAGAAUCGAUUGAUUCAAGUGUUCGUUUUUUAUCUAUUUCGAGAUGCUUUUACUCCUUUUUACCAUGAUAUGAGAAAACGAAGAAAUGGCCGGGCUUUUGUUGAGUUUGCUUGCAAAUAGUUGCAAAUAGCUCGAAGUAAGCUUUUUUUCUCAUGUAUCGCACGACACUGCAAAUCGGAGCUACUUUAUUCAUGUGCAAAAAAUACAAAAAAACAAGGUGGUAGGUGUUUCCUUGGUGCAAAGAAAAAAAGAAGUCAUGA